UUGUUUUAAGAGAAGCACUGUACUGCAUUUAUAUGGGAAAACUCUGCCCUUGUCCCACUGUGGGUGCUGUAGUGUGACGGGAAGAAGCCUCGAGAGAAACAAAAGACAAAUGGAGGAGAUUGGUGAAAAUGCUCCCCUGGAAAGGGCAGGCAGUGCUGACAACCUGAUUCGUGUUGAAAGAUCCAGAAGGGGCUCCAAUAGCUACGCCCUGAAGGUGGCAGGCCUGACUAUGCUGGCAUGCCUGCUGCUGGCCAGUCAAGUGUUUGUGGCCUACAUGGUGUUUGACCAGAAGCAGCAGAUCCAAAUUCUCCAGAAGAACUCUGACAAUCUCAACAGGCAGCUGCACGCAGCUCAAGUGGCUACAAUAAAGAUGCGUGAACCAAUGAACAGCUUCCCUAGGAUACAUGCGUUUGUGGAUUUUGACUCGGUGGCGACCGAGGCACCUGUGAAACAAGAGAAGAAGAGGGAUUCCGUUGGCAUGGAUGAAAUGAUUGGGCUCAUGGAGGAAAACUUUGAGAUGCCCAAGUUCAACGACACCAUAUUGGCCAACCUGCAGAGCCUAAAGAAGCAGCUGAACGAGACUGAGUGGAAGGGCUUUGAAUCUUGGUUGCGCAACUGGCUCAUCUUCCACAUGUCCCAGCAGAUGCCUAUAACCGCAACAGUUUGAAGAAGAAGUGAAGCCAAGUGCUGUAUAUUUCUUCAUCUUCAUCUGGUUGAUAUAUGCAUGAUUAUCAUUUUACUUCAUAUAUUGUAAUGGAACUAACUGCUUUAGUGGGGCCACAUUAUACACAAUUGCUUGUUACGAGGGAAGCUUUCUUUCGUUCUCAAUACCAUUUUCAACUAAAUAUCAAAAUAAAUCAGUAUACUUUUCAGUUUUUUUGUUUGCCUUUCAAAAUGCUUAAAAGUUUUUUUUGUUUUUUUUUUAUAAACACUCUUGGAUUCGAUCCCGUUACAUUGGGCUAGCAUAGGCCUACUUAAAUGAUUUGUUAAUCAUCAAUCGUUGUUGUUUUUUUGUUUUUUAAAAAAAUGUAUUUUGUUUGUCUGGCAAUGUUGUUGAUUUGUGCUUUUCUACAUCAUGAAGAUUGACAUUGUGAUGCAGAAAAAGUUCCACAAAAAUUUAGUUUAUUCUUUCAUACAAACCUACAUGUGAAAUAUAUGUUGCAAGGCUUGGGUGAAUAAGUUUAAGAAGUUGGUGAAGAACUUUAUUUGCAAUUCUCUCCACCAAAAUAAAGUUUUUGUUCGACUCUA